AUGCAAAAUGUUGAUCACCAUGAGGUUUUGGCUGCUGAGCAGGAGGGGCUCAAACGCGGUCUCCGACUACGCCAUAUGGUCAUGAUUGCUGUCUCCGCUACCAUUGGUACCGGUCUCUUCUUGACAUCUGGCACAACCAUCGCAACAGCUGGCCCAGGAGGCGCUUUACUGGCAUAUGCGACUAUUGGCUUCUGGCUCGUGUUUGUAUGUCAAGCUAUCGGUGAAAUUGCAACGCUGCUUCCACUUCCUGGCGCCUUCAACGCCUGGGGCGGGCGUGUCUUUGAUGAAGCCUCAUCAUUCCAGAUGACUUGGAUGUACUUCAUCUACUGGGCCUUGACUAUUCCUGCAGAGCUUUCAGCCUCGGCUAUUAUUGUCGGUUUCUGGUUGCCUCAGGGCUCCACGUUUCCAACUUGGAUCGUUCCCUUAAUCAUCAUCAUUGUCAUGGUGUUGAUUAACCUAGCGGGCGUGAGAGCUUACGGCGAACUCGAGUACUGGUUCUCGAUCCUCAAAGUUAUUACAAUCAUCAUGUUCAUCAUCUGUGGCAUCUUGGUUGAUGCUGGUGUUCUUGGUAACGUCAAGUAUGGAAUGGAUGCUUGGCACAUUGAGGGAGCACCCUUCAAAGGAGGGUUCAUGGGCUUCAUCACGGCUUUAGUCUCUGUCGGCUUUGCCUACGGAGGUACUGAAAUGACUGGUGUCACAGCCGCAGAGUCUCGUAACCCCCACAAGCAUGUCCCGAAGGCUGUUAACACUGUGUUGAUCCGUAUUGCAUUCUUUUAUAUCGUUUCCAUUUUCUUGCUCGGGUCCAUUAUUCGUAACGACGAUCCUUCACUUCUUAAUUCCAAUUCAUCUGCUGCCAAGGCUCCGUUCACAAUCGUGUUUGCCAAGGCUGGUAUCAAUGCCGCAGCCAAUUACAUGAAUGCUGUGGUCUUCACAUCCGUAUUCUCAGCCAUCAACUCGGACUUUUAUGUGGCUACGAGGAUGUUGUUGUCUCUUUCUCGUAACGGUUGGGCCCAUAAGAUAAUCGGCUACACGAAUUCACGUGGCGUUCCUCUUUUGGCUGUAGCUGUUGUCACGGCCUGUUCAUGUUUGUCUCUAACUACCAUCUUUGUCGGUUCCGGAGUGGUCUUUCAAUGGUUCGUAGCCAUUAAUGGAUCCCUCAUCUUCCAAAUCUGGGUCUUUAUUUUGUUUCUCCAUUUUCGAUUUCGGUAUUGCUGGAAGAAACAGAGUCGAGCAGUCAAGGAUUUGCCCUAUGUCUCUUGGGGUUACCCUUACGGUUGCUGCUGUGUUAUUGCAAACUGUUAUUUGUCGGUGACAAGUGCACCACACCACCCAGGCGCAGGCGCUAGUGCAGAACAGAUGAAGGAAUAUCAUUCUGCUCGGGAAACUUAUGCCAAGGGGCUUUUGGGGGCUUGGUUCCCUUGGGUAGUCUCUCCAAUCCUGUUCUUCUCGUACAAGUUUGUGAGGAAGACCAAGCUGGUCAGAGCUGAGGAUGCAGAUCUGGAUACAGGCCGAUUUAUUCCUUCAGAAUCUGACAAAGAAGAUAUGAAGUCUUCUCGUUCCAUGUGGAAGAAGAUUGUUACAUAUUUUAUCUAG